AUGCGGGAUUACAACCUGUCAAACAAUAUCUUAACUGAUCAUAUGCGCUUCGACAAACCGGAAGUAGCGCGAAUGAUGCCGGAUGAUUCAUUAUAUGUCACGACGCUUAGAAGGCCAGAAGAAGCAUUUGAGUCACUGUUUUCGUACUGUGAUUUUGAGACUCAUUUACGCAAGGGCCUCGAAGACUUUGUAAAUGAUGUGAACAUAACCGCACGGCUAAAGGAACACAGGGUGUCCUACAAUAGAUAUGGAUUCAACCAGAUGUCGUUUGACCUUGGAUUUCGAUCGGAGGACGUCGACAAUGCUACUGUUGUUGAUGAAUUCAUCAAAUCCGUCGGCGAGACGUUUCAUCUCGUGAUGGUUGCUGAUCGCUUAGAUGAAUCGCUGAUCCUGUUCAAGCACUUGGCAUGCUGGACAACAGAGGACGUAGUAGCAUUUAAAGUCAAUUCCCGGAUGGAUGCUUAUAAAGUUCCAAUGACUGCACACGUCAGGGAAAGACUGAAGGCCUUAAACCAUGUUGACUUCAAAUUGUACGAACAUUUUUCUGCAGCUCUCGAUGAAAAAGUGAGAACUUUUGGUGAACAACAAAUGGCUGAAGAAGUGACAGAACUAAGGACGCUGCGGGAAAAAUAUCACGAUCUUUGUGUUGAAGCCGAAGUUGGACUGAGAACGCUUACAAAGAAGGGAGGAGGCAAAAAAGUGCUGGGUUUCAAACUCAAGGAUGACAGUGAGAGGUGCCGUCAUAUGACGAUGACAGGUAUGCAGCUGCAUGAACUCAUUCGUGAUAGGCAAAAAAAGCUAAUACAUAGAACUGUGGAAAAACCGCUAGCUAACUUCACCUAG